AUGUCCCGAGUCACUAUCCGUGUCGUGCGGUUUGCAGCUAUUCUGCUGCUUUUAGUGGGCUUGAUUUACCACCUUUCAACAAAAAACAGUAAUGCAUACUCGGCAUAUUAUGGUUCUCUGUUAAAGAAUGCACAGGGAUCCGACGGUCAAUUACAACCACAGCAACAACUACAACAGUCUCUAAAAUCAAAUGCAGAGAUUAGCCAUCCUAGAGCUAACGCGACGUUUGUCACACUUGCUCGAAACAAGGACGUGUGGUCCAUGAUUGAAUCGAUUCGCGCUAUUGAAGACCGCUUUAACCACAAGUACAAGUACGACUGGGUAUUUUUAAAUGACGAAGACUUUGAUGAUCGAUUUAAAGAGUUGACCAGCGCGAUCAUUUCCGGCAACACAACUUAUGCGCGAAUUCCCAAGGAACAUUGGAGUUACCCAGAUUGGAUCGACCAAGACAAGGCUAAGGAAGCCCGCAAAAAGAUGCGUGAAGCAAAGAUCAUUUACGGCGGAUCAGAAUCGUACCGCCAUAUGUGUCGCUAUGAGUCUGGUUUUUUUUGGCGUCAUCCAGCGCUUAACAAGUACAAAUACUAUUGGCGUGUAGAACCCAGCAUUAAAAUUUUUUGCGAUAUUAACUAUGACGUUUUCAAGUAUAUGGAAGACCACAAGCUGCGCUAUGGCUUUACCAUUUCUUUGCACGAAUACAAGGCUACUAUUCCAACGCUUUGGGAUUCCACAGUCAAAUUUAUGAAACAGCAUCCGGAGAUGCUGGCCAAGGACAAUAUUAUGGGUUUUGUGUCUGGAAAUGAAGGGAAAGAUUACAAUCGAUGCCAUUUCUGGUCUAACUUUGAGGUUGCCGAUCUCGACUUUUGGCGUGAGGAAGCAUACACUAAGUACUUUGACUUUUUAGACCAUGAGGGUGGGUUUUUCUAUGAGCGUUGGGGUGAUGCUCCCGUUCACUCGAUUGGUGCAUCGCUAUUUUUGAAUAAGAGCGAGGUACAUCAUUUUGAAGACAUUGGAUAUUGGCAUGUGCCAUUUAAUAACUGUCCGACUUUGAAACAAACUCGUAUGGAUAACAAGUGUGUUUGUGAUCCAGAAGAAAACUUUGCGUGGAAGGGUUAUUCCUGCACAGCUCUGUUCUAUAAGGUAACAGGUCGGGAAGUUCCAGUUGACGGAAACAAUACUAAUACUAGUGAUUAG